UUUUUUCGUGAGAUCAUGACAGCUGUGAAGUCGAAACGGACUGUUUUUGCAACUUAUUUUUAUAUAUGGGCUGUGUCAAGGCCAUAUUCCAAGUCGCCUCAGAUGGAAAAGAAGCGUCUCCUGCGAAGCACAUCAGGUGUGUGAGGUGAAGAGGAAAACGAUUGGCUCCUUGACACCCACGGUUGGACAAAUUACAGUAAAGACGACAGAUAAAACGGCACACAUGGCAGGAGGCAGGGAACGGAGUUUGCAAUGAGCAAACGAGUCCGCACCUGUUAAGGAUCAAAAUACGAAGACCAUGAGUCCACUUCACAUUGUCACUCCUUUGAGAGAGAGUGUGCCCCUGUCAAACGUAGCAGGUACUUCAGUGUAUCUGAAGCUGGACUCCUGCCAGCCUUCAGGUAGCUUCAAAAUUCGAGGCAUUGGUCAUUUGUGUAAAACGUGGGCAGACACUGGCUGCACUCGGUUUGUUUGCUGCUCGGGAGGCAAUGCUGGCAUGGCAACUGCAUACUCUGCGCGGAAGUUGGGAGUACCUGCCACCAUAGUGGUACCCAGUGUCACUCCUUCUGGCACUGUGCAGAAACUUAAUGAUGAAGGAGCAGAUGUGAUCAUUCAUGGCAAGUCACUGAAUGAGACCAUUGAAUAUGGUAAGCAGCUAGUGUCUGACAACUCUGGUUGGGUAUUCAUCUCCCCCUUUGAUGAUCCCCUCAUUUGGGAAGGUCACACGUCUCUGGUAAAAGAGCUGGAGUCCCAGCUGGAUGAAAAGCCAGGAGUUGUGGUGUUGUCUGUGGGUGGAGGUGGCCUCUUGAAUGGAGUUAUUGAAGGUCUCCAUCGUGCUGAAUGGGAUGAUGUCCCGAUUAUCGCUAUGGAAACAGUGGGUGCUCACAGCCUCAACGAAGCCAUGAAAGUGGGACAGCUGGUAACACUGCCAGACAUUACCAGUGUUGCUACCACACUGGGACUUAAUCAGGUGUCCUCUCAAACUAUGAAGCUUGUGGGUGAACACACCGUCUACUCAGAGCUGGUUACAGACCAGGAAGCUGUAUGGGCUCUUGAGCGUUUCAUAGAUGAUGAGAAGAUUCUGGUCGAACCUGCUUGUGGUGCUGCUCUUGGAGCAAUUUACUGCAACAUCAUCAGCCGCCUACAGAAGGAGCACAAGCUGGCUCAGAAGUUAGGUCCUGUGGUCGUUGUGGUGUGUGGUGGAAACAAUAUCAGCAUAAAGGACCUGAAAAGGCUGAAGAAGCAGCUGGGACUGACCUGCUAGACAAUCAUACAUCAGAUUUCCAAAAGACAAACAACAUUGGAAGUGUGAAUAUCACAAUUAUGUACAUGUUGAACAAUUUACUUUAAAUAAAAAUGUUGUAUUCCAGUCAGUAUCACGAAUUAGUACAGGACUGAUUGUUGGCCAUUUGAAUUUAUGUACCAAAUGUAUUUGGCAUGUUUAUAAAAUGAGGCAGCACUUGUACAUUACGAAAUAUUCUGCAUUCACUGUAAUUGUAAUUGGGCACAUAUAAAAACAAGUAAACCCUGGACACCUAACACUUUACACAAAAUAACAGAUAUUGUGUCCCAAUGGUUCUAAAAAACAAAUGUAUUUGCUUUCUGACACACACAUCACUGCUCUCAUUCACCCAGCUGUACUUGGAACCUUCUUUAACCUACAGAUUUAAACUUUGUGAAAAUGGUAUACUGAAUCUUUUCCUUUAACCCAGAAACCUGAAGAAAAGUAACUUGUCU